AAUCUAAAGGACAAUACAAUGGGCAGCAGAGAAACAGAUCUUACAGACACGCUAAAAUCCAUACCAGCCGUUUAUUUUCCGUUGAUGGCGCGCGAAACAAGAAAAAACUCCUGCAUGGAUCGAAAAGCCCCUAGAGAAAAUUAGUAAAUAGUGGAUUCCUAAGGCUUCUUUUGCGUCCGAGGAAGUGCAAGAAUGAGUUCUAGACGGCGUCCAUUGCACACAUGUGGACUUUCAGCCAUAGCAGUAGCUCACAGAGCCUAUGCUGCUGCACAAAAUGUCAAUGGGCCAUUAGGCUCAAUGGCAAAAAGGGUGGAUAAAAUAGUCGCAUUAGCCACUCCAAUUGUCCAUGCUAUGCAGUAUCAAUUGCUAGCACUUCUUUGUUUUGCAGACGAUCAUAUCCUACUAGUAGAAAACAUGAUAGAGAAAUUUUUUCCUCCAUCAAAAAAUGCGUUCGACAAGAUAGAUGAGCUAGUGAAAGCCACAGAAACUUUGCCAGAAAAGUUUGAUCAUGCGGUAAAAAGAUUUCCCACAAUUAUCCACCAAUUCCCAUUCCUAGAUUGGGCAUUAGUACAUAUCAUCUCGAUCCUGAAUUUUUUGAUCAGUACAUUGACUCACUGGGGUUCGCAAAUUACAAGAGAGAAGGAGAUUGUGGUUGAUAUAAACUGCAAUGAUCAAAGCCAUAAUUCUGCAUUACAUGAUAAGCUACAACACUCUAAAGAACACCUAAUUCAUGCAACUGAUGGCGAGAAGAGUGGAGAUUUUCCUCCCAUAUCUGAAACCCAGCAGGACAAAACCAUGAAUUGUGUGAAUCCCAAACCAGAUGCUAUGAAGGGUACAUACAAGGAUGUGCUAGAGAAGGGCACAAAAGAAGACAUGGAUAACAACCUGGAAAACAUUACUGUCAAUCAGGAAGAAACAGAGACAGAAAAGGAAGGCAGUGAAGAUGAAGAAGAUGAAAAAGAUGAAAAUAUCUCCAAGGACGAUCCAAUACUGGAAUUGUUCGAGUCAGGAUGGCUUAUGAAUACAGGAACAAGAAGCAGAGAAACAGUUUCUCGUUCUGGCUCAGAAACAUGAAGGACAGCGAAAAAAGCAAGAGGAUCAAAAUUCAUUUCAAAAUACCAGAACUGUAAAUCAUUGGCUCUCAUAUAAAUAAGCUCUGCCUCAAAAACAUGAUUCAGUUGAGUACAUAGCUCUAAUAUCAAAAUCGGAUACGUCUGACCUAAAAAAAUCUACUUUAGAGGCCUGACCACCUCAAAGAUUUGGACUAUGAAUUGGAACAAGGGCCGCGCGAACGCAGGCCCCCGCUACCACAAAUUAUGACGUAGGCUCUGUCACUGUGGACAGACCUUAGACCGGCACCCCUCCGAAGUGCAAUGGAGGUCACCG